AUGUCAUCAGAUAGUUCAUUUGCAUUAUAUAUUCAUAGAGAAAGAAGAUUAAUUGAUAUUGUUGAUAAUAAUUGGGAACAAGAAACUUUACCACAAGAAUUAAUUAGACAUCCAACUAUAAAUGAAAAUAUAACUUUAAAUGAAGAAUUUGAAGAGUUACAAAGACAACAAUGUAAGAAAGAAAAAGCAUGGAAUGAAUUAGCUUUAAAUAGUUUCAAUUAA